CUCCAAGAACAAGCUGUCAGCAUUAUAACUGCUGAGCCCUCCACCGCUUACUUAAAUUCCUCAGCCUUUUCUUUGUAUUUUGACUCACUAUUAUACAUAUAUUCAUAUAUAUGUAUGUAUACUCGUCUUCCUCCUUGAAGAUAUUGUUUUUGUUGAUGAUUACUGUUAGUACUUAACAUAUUAAACAAUGGGUUUUGCGUUCUUAUUUCUACUGUUACUGUUAUCUGCAUUUUGCAUUGAGGUUUCUCAAGGCCAGCUCUCAGUGGGGUUCUAUGCCAACACAUGCCCAGAUGCCGAGUCCAUUGUCUCUAGCGUUGUUCGAAAUGCUGCCCGAUCGAGCUCCAACAUCCCUCCUGUCUUGCUCAGGCUCCAUUUCCAUGACUGCUUUGUUGAGGGCUGUGAUGGUUCAAUACUGACAGAAAACGGUCCAAAUGCUGAGAGACACGCGUUUAGUCACCAGGGAGUUGGGGGAUUUGAAGUGAUAGAGCAAGCCAAAGCUCAGCUCGAAGCUACAUGUCCAGGAGUUGUUUCCUGUGCUGAUAUAGUCGCCUUAGCAGCUCGAGAUGCUAUAGUAUUGGCAAAUGGACCAUUGUAUGAUGUGCCAACAGGACGUAGAGAUGGAAGGGUUUCGGAUGUUUCUCUGGCAGCUAAUAUGCCAGAUGUUAGCGACUCAAUCCAACAACUCAAGGAUAAGUUUCUUCAGAAAGGUCUCUCGGAGAAAGACCUUGUGCUUCUUAGCUCGGCACAUACAAUAGGGACGACAGCUUGUUUUUUCAUGACCAAAAGGCUUUACAACUUCUCCCCCGGUGGGGGUUCAGACCCUGCAAUAAACCCUGAUUUCUUGCCGGAGCUGAAAUCCAUCUGCCCCCAGAACGGAGACGUUAACUUGAGGUUGCCGAUGGAUCGAGGCAGCGAGGGAGCAUUCGAUAAACAGAUAUUGGACAACGUUAGAAAUGGCUUAGCGGUGUUGGAAUCCGAUGCCAGGCUAUACGACGAUGACAGCACCAGGAUGGUGGUGGACUCCUAUUUUGGAUUCCUCAAUCCAAUUUUUGGAUCAUCUUUUGAAGCAGAUUUCGUUGAAUCCAUUGUCAAGAUGGGACAAAUUGGGGUGAAAACAGGGUCUAAUGGAGAAAUCAGGCGUGUUUGUACAGCUUUCAAUUGAAUCAAAAUAUCAUUCAGCUCAUAGUUGUCUUUGUUUGAUAUGAUAUCAUAUGUAUCAUAUAACAGUCUAAACUAUCAAACCACAGUUUUUCCAUUUUUUUUAA